AUGGCUGGUCAAAAGGCUGAUGCUAAUUCAUUUGCUAGCCUUAGCAUGAUCAUUAAUUCUGUUAACACUUGCCAGUCAAUGAGCUGGUGGUUUACUGUUGUUAUUCAUGAUCGGAUCAGGAUGAUCCCUCUCCCGAAAGGAGCAGAUCAGGUGAGGACAAGGAGCAGGAAGCACGGGCUAAUAGCUUUAUCUGCUUUAUUUCACUUUGGCAGUGCCAUGAUCACUCAUCCUAUGCUAGAACUUGGGCAGGACAAGGCACUGAACCUAAUCUAUGAUAUUGCCACUUACCCACAAGGGUAUGUGGAGGACGCGCUUCGGCAGGCGACCGAAGAGGGCUUAGGCUGGAUAAAGGUGCCACGGAAUCGGGAGGAGGGCCGGAAGCUCAAGAAAGAGAUCGGGAUUCCCACGAAGCUAACUAAAGAGAAGGUGCACAAAUCAAUGAUUAGGGAUCUAGCUAAAAGAAUAAUAGGAGACUUUUGGUCCGAGUACGGGAUGAAUUUCCAUAUCCGAAGCAUAUGGAGAGGAAAGGCCGGCCCUUAUUCUAUCGGCACAGGGAGGGCGAUCCUAAAAAGAAAGCAAAGCGAAAUGUCACGAACUUGGCCUUUCCCAAGCUCAUGUGCGGCACUCGGCUCUCUUCUUCUCUAA